AUGUCUGCAGAGGAAGGGCCCGCCGCCACCACUCCAUCCCCUGCCUCCCGGGUGUCGUCCGGAAUCCAGAACCACUCGACCACCGAAACCCAGGGCCCUAACCCGGUGCCUGAUGAGCAGCAGCCGCGAAGUCCGGAACCCUUCACCAACCUCUACCUCCUCCUCCUCUUCACCCUCCAAGUCGGGAAAGUCUAUAGGUUUCCAGUAGGACAUUUCCGUAAGGGGAAAGGGCUCGUGGCAAGGGAUUCCCAUUCCUCGUGCCUCUCACACAGAGGUUGUGGACCUCCAUGGGAUUACAAUGAAGACAUCCUACGUGUGGGUACAUUGAGUUAUCCCCCAUUUAUCGACUGGGAUGCCAACAAUAAGACACCAUCGAGUCCGGAGGAAUUACGAGGGCUGGAAGGAUCCAUUCUGAAGGAACUUUCCCGGAAACUCAACUUCUCAGUGGAGUUCGUCUUACCCAAUGAUGGCUUAUGGGGUGAACUAAGUCAGAAUGGGACAUGGACGGGACUCCGAGGUCUGGUUGAUGAUGGACUGGUUCAUGUGGCAUACUCGGAGAUUGCGCUUUGUCGGAGACGGUUUCAUCAUACAAACAUGGAUCAUUCCUUCUCCUACAUCGAUGACUGUCUGAUGUUCAUCACCAGACCUCCGAGGCCUUACCCCGGCUGGAUGAAAGUGGUGAAUCCCUGGAAUUGGACGGUGUGGCUCACAAUGCUCGGAGUCCUCUUCUCGGCAAGUCUAAUUAUAGGUCACCUCUUGGAAAGCAUUGGAUUUGGGAAUGCCAUGUUUCUCUUCGUCCGGCUCUUUACAAUCCAGUCAUUCUAUCAUGGACAUGAUCAUAUAGGACACCAGCAUGCUCAGGGUCAUGCCCACAUGGAUGAGAGCCUGAAAGAUCAGUGCAAGCAGGAGGAAAGUGAUAAGUAUAGCAAGACAUCUGCAUCUCAAAUGAAUAUGAGAGGAGUGUUUCUCCAUGUCUUUGCUGAUGCUCUUGGCUCAGUGAUAGUUAUAGUUUCUGCUGCCAUCAUUUGGCAGACAGAUUGGAAGUAUCGCUUUUAUCUUGACCCUGCUCUUAGUAUAUUGAUGGUCAUCCUCAUUAUGAAAUCUGUUUGGCCUUUGUUGGUGGAAAGUGCAAUGAUCUUGCUACAGACGGUGCCAACUCACAUUGAUAUGGACAGAAUCAAGCAGCAGCUACUUGCAGAAGUGAAUGGGUAGCUUGCAGUGCACGAGUUCCAUGUCUGGCAAUUAACAG